UCAGACGUGAUCAGCUGUUUGCUCCUCACAUCUACACUGAAGUGGCGCACAUCCACAUCACUGCCGGUGCACAACCAGGUGAGCGCAGAAGAGUGCGCAAACUGCUCCGCUCUCCUUAAGAGCCUCUUGGCUAAUAUCACAGGCCUUCUCAGCAGUGACAUUGUGUGUUACGGCAUCCCGUCUAACAAAGCGAUUGUGAGCAGCUCAGCCGAGACGGUGCAAGCCUGCGCGCCUACAGUGCAACAGAAUUUCAACUGCAUGGUGCGAAGAAAUACAUCCUUCAGUGAGAGAGAAUGUGUGACGAGCAUCAUGAAGGACAUGGUCCACUACGAAGCUCUCAUUCAGUCCUACCUCAACCUGACACUCAGAAGCACCGCAGAAGAAACAGCACUUCUGAACCCAACCCUGGAAACAAUCCACAGCCUGAAGAACUGUUUCCUGAGACUGAACGGAGGGAUGAACUCUGCUGAGGAGGACACGUCCCAUUUGUGGGGAGACAGCAGCUUCACCAACCGACGCGAGAUGUGCAAGAUGAUGAGAGGCUUCCACAUCCGAGCCAUCACCCUCAACAGAGCGAUGGGCUACAUCUACUCUGGAGACCACCGGAAGUAGACCACAUGCGAGAUUACAAAAGUUUGAUUUUGAUUUUUUUUUUUAUGGAAAAAAAUAUUUAAAAAAAUAGUUUCUAUGGAAAAAUAUUAGUGCUAACUACUGUUAGCCAAUGAACAUUUUCAUCCAAAUAUCUCUUCCAAAAACAAUGUACUGAUCCGCACAUUACCUAAAAUAAGAAUGAACUAAAAGUGAAACAGGAAAAAAAUGUUCGAUCAAAAUUGCACGUAUUAUGUUACGUUUGUUGCCAGGCAGACUUCGUAGGGCAUGAUCGUUUAUGCCUCAAAGCCCAUUAAGUUUAAAAAAAAUAAUAAUAUUCUCCUGGUGUCAAACUCAAGUUUACAGUGGGCCAAAAUUAAAAAUUGGGACAAAGUCAUGAGCCAAACUUCAUAUUUAUUGAAAAUGAACUGUAAUUGUGCAUGUUUUCCCUCCUCUCCAGAUAUGUAAUAUUAAACAUUAUCAAAUGUAAAAAACUUAUGUUUUGCUUAAACUGUUCUGAUGAGGAGAAUCCUUAACUAACUACUGAAUUCUUUUGCCAAGUCAGAGCUGCAUACGUUGUUCUAAGAUAACCAUCAAUCAGCGGUCAUGUUGGCCAAUUUCUCUGUCAAUGUAUUCCCAUAUUUGGAAAGAAAUUACAUAUUUAUAACAUAUUUAUAACUAUU